AUGAUCAGGAGUAGAGGUGGACACUCGGGGUUUAAUCCAUCGUUGUUCUCAAGACAGUUGCUGCAUCUAGCACGUAAAAACAUUCGAUUCAUUGGGGUUGUACUUAUCCUAUUGACCGUCCUAUUGAAUAUCACUCACAAGAAUCAAAACAACAAUGAUCAUUUAAAUUUCUUAGAGUCAGAGUAUUUGAAUGGAGGUACUUUACCUUCAAGGUUACGUCCACAGGAUACUUUAAUUGGCGUAUCUGAUUCUAUCCAAAAUAAUGAGUUGAAUACCAAAAACGACACUGAAAUUUUGAAAGAAGAAAAAACUUUAAAGGAAAAAAUAUUAGCUGAAAGAUUAAAAUCUGGAUAUAAAAAAUAUCCAAGAAAUACUACUCAAGGUGCCAUGGUAGAAUCCUUGUCGAAUGAAGGUUAUAAACCAAAAGCAUGCCUAUUGAUGACUUUAUUCAAACCUACUGGUGAUCGUGUCGAUCCUGAGGCCAUAUAUUUGACUGUAUCAAGUAUUCAAAAGAAAUUUAAUAAUUGGUUUGAAUAUCCAUGGGUCUUCAUUAGUAAAGAUGGUCAUGAAUACAUGAAUAAUGAAUUUACUGAACAAAUAAAAGAAUUAGUACCUGAAUCCAUAGAGUUAAAUUUUGAAACUGUUACUAAUGAAUAUUUACAUGAUGUGCCUGAAUGGAUUGAUGUCAAUAAAAUAUCCGAUUCUCAAAUUAGACUGAGUGGGAUAGAAUAUGGUGAUUCGCAAUUUUUUAGAUCUUUGAAUCGUUAUCUAGUAGGGUAUCUAUGGAAGGAACCAUUUUUAGGUAAUUUUGAUUGGUAUUGGCGUAUUGAACCAGGUUUGGAAUUAUUAUGUGAUAUUGAUUAUGAUUUAUUUAGAUGGAUGCAAGAUAGAAAUCAAGUAUUUGGUUUUGCUUUAUCUUAUAUGGAACCACAUAAAGAAGUUGUUGAAAAAUUAUGGGAUAUUUUUAAAAAAUUUGCCAAUGAAUUUAAGAAUAAGAAAGAAAUUGUUGAUUUUGAAAAAAAUAAUUUUCAAUUUAAUACAGAAUUUAAAGAUCUUCCAAAGGAGAAAGACGAAAAGAAAAGAAAAAAAUUAGAAGAAGAAGCUGCAAAACAUGGGAUAGGCACUGGCUCUAGUGAAUACAAUAAAUGUCAAUAUGUUUCAAGUUUCCAAUUGGCAAAUUUAAAUUUCUUUAGAUCACAACCAUUUAUGGAUUUAUUUGAAAGAUUAGAUAAAGAAGGUGGAUUUUAUUAUCAUCGUUGGUCCGCCUCAAGUGUUCAUACAAUGGCAAUCAAUUUAUUAUUAAGGAAAAAUCAACUUUAUUUCUUUGAUAAUAUUGGGUUUAAAUUAUCAACUGACUCAAUGGCAUCCUCAUCACAAUUCUCUUCCAUUAGUAGAAAUUUCUACAAUUGUCCAAUUGAUGAUGCUACUUAUAGAGAAUAUAAUUGUAAUUGUGAUCAAGGGUUAGAUUUUACAUUCAUGAAGGAUUCAUGUACUGCUAAAUUUUACGAUUCAACAAACAGGAAAAAACCAGAUGAUUGGGAUAAACAUUAA